UUGGGGGUUCCGAGAUCACCGCUCGGCCUGUCGCCGCACCGUUUCGGACCCCAAGCUUACACAGAGUAUGCCACGGAACGCAAUCCACACGGAUACUUCUGGUAAGGUCGAGAGUUCUAGUGCCCAUGUAUCGAACAAUCAGGAGGGGAAGGCCCCGCGACCUGCCGCGGCCCGCCAGCCCCAGGGGCACGCUGGCGGCCGGCGAGGCCACGGCCGAGCAGGUCCUGGAAGGGCAGCUGCCGUACUCGUGCGCGUGGAGGGAGCAGUUCAACAGGGGCGAGAUCCAGGCGGCAGCGUACGCGGAGGGCGCCUCCCUGCGCGUCGCGGCCGGCCCCGCGGGCGAGGGCGAGUCGGAGGCGCAUCGGCUCGUCGGCUGCGAGGUGCUCCAGGGCGGCCGCGAGCUCCGGGGCCGCAGCGCCGUCGCCGGGUUCUGGGAGAGGUGCGUCUCGUUCAAGGCCUGGGGCGCGUACCAGGACGCCGCGUGGUCCCGGAUCGCCGUGGACGCCAAUACCGUGUUGGUCAAGGGCAAGGUGGGCUUCGCGGGCGCCUACGGCGAGACGGUGGAGCUGUGGCGCCGCUCGGAGGAGACCGGUGGGAGAUCGAGAGCACGAUGCUGA